GGUGGGGGUGGGAGGGGGGGGGUCGAGGGAGAACCUGAAGGGGGCAGGGCAGAAGGGACCCCCGGAGCCCUGCCGCCAUCAGAGAUCAAGCAUUUGGCACCAGCGAUCUUCGGACCCAGCAGAAGGAUCAGCCACAAGAGAGGUGUCCUCCCUAGGAAGCCAACGAGAGUCACCUGCCCCACGUCAGGAACAGGGACCCCUCAUGACGCUGCUGGCAACCAUAUCAGGCCCCUAGCCCCUCAGCCUCCUUCCGAUCGCCCUCCUCUGACUCUUUCCCCAUCUCCUUUGGCAUUUGUGCCUUUGCUCCCGACCCGCAAGCUCCCGCUACCACCUAAACGCCCCAGGGCUUGGCCGCCCUGACCCCCAUCCUGGGAUAUUAGCCAGAUCUCUGGGAGGGAGAUCGUUUGUUUGGGCUAUGCCCCCUGGUGGCCUGACAGUGUCUGCCUAGACCCCUGACCCCUAGCCCUCAACUCCCCAGGCCUCCUUUGUGUGAAGAGCUCUCCUCUGCUCGGCAGUGUGGUUGGGGGCCAAAGGGAAAGCCGGCCCUGCUGGGCCCCUGGGCCCUUCCACCUGUCUCCUGGUUGGGCAGCUUCCCUUGUCUUUGGGCCUCUCCCUGCUCCCCCUGGCCCCUCCUCCUGGGCCGCCCCAAUGAAGGAGCCGGAUGCCAUCAAGCUGUUUGUGGGGCAGAUCCCGAGGCAUCUGGAGGAAAAGGACCUGAAGCCCAUCUUCGAGCAGUUUGGUCGUAUCUUCGAGCUGACUGUCAUCAAGGACAAGUACACCGGGCUGCACAAGGGAUGUGCCUUCCUGACAUACUGUGCCCGAGAUUCAGCCCUGAAGGCCCAGAGCGCCCUGCACGAACAGAAGACUCUCCCAGGGAUGAACAGGCCGAUCCAGGUCAAGCCAGCCGACAGCGAGAGUCGAGGAGACCGGAAGCUCUUUGUGGGGAUGCUAGGAAAGCAGCAGACAGAUGAGGACGUCCGGAAGAUGUUUGAACCAUUUGGGACUAUAGACGAGUGCACUGUGCUCCGGGGGCCAGACGGUACCAGCAAAGGCUGUGCCUUUGUGAAGUUCCAGACUCAUGCUGAGGCCCAGGCAGCCAUCAACACCCUUCACAGCAGCCGGACCCUGCCGGGUGCUUCAUCCAGCCUGGUGGUAAAGUUUGCUGACACAGAGAAGGAGCGAGGUCUCCGCCGGAUGCAGCAGGUGGCAGCCCAGCUAGGCAUGUUCAGCCCUAUCGCCCUCCAGUUUGGAGCCUACAGCGCCUACACCCAGGCCCUGAUGCAGCAGCAGGCAGCCCUGGUGGCCGCUCACAGUGCCUACCUCAGCCCUAUGGCCACCAUGGCUGCCGUACAGAUGCAGCACAUGACUGCCAUCAACGCCAAUGGCCUCAUCGCCACCCCCAUCACUCCGUCCUCAGGAACCAGCACCCCUCCUGCCAUUGCUGCCACGCCUGUCUCUGCCAUACCUGCUGCCUUGGGCGUCAACGGCUACAGCCCGGUGCCCACCCAGCCCACAGGGCAGCCUGCCCCUGAUGCUCUGUAUCCCAACGGGGUUCACCCUUACCCAGAUGAGGCUUUGUCUGCCGAGAGGAAUGCUGGUGGGGUUCCCAUUGUGUCCCAGACCCACUCAUGGCUUGUGAUGCUCUCUGCAGCCCAGAGCCCCACGGCCCCCGUGGACCCUCUCCAGCAGGCCUAUGCAGGAAUGCAACACUACACAGCAGCCUACCCUGCAGCCUACAGCCUGGUUGCACCUGCAUUCCCGCAGCCUCCAGCCCUGGUCACCCAGCAGCCACCGCCACCACCUCAGCAACAGCAGCAGCAGCAGCAGCAGCAACAGCAGCGGGAAGGCCCUGAUGGCUGCAACAUCUUCAUCUACCACCUGCCCCAGGAGUUCACGGACUCAGAGAUCCUCCAGAUGUUUGUCCCUUUUGGUCAUGUCAUCUCAGCCAAAGUCUUUGUUGACCGGGCCACCAAUCAAAGCAAAUGUUUUGGUCAGCGAUGUAGGGCUGGGCUGGGCUUACGCCCUUCUCACCUCAGGCUUUGUGAGUUUCGACAAUCCGGCCAGUGCUCAGGCUGCCAUCCAGGCUAUGAACGGUUUCCAGAUUGGCAUGAAGCGCCUCAAAGUCCAGCUAAAGCGGCCUAAGGAUGCAAACAGGCCCUACUAAGGGCUUCAGGUCUGGAGAUAACAGAGGAAGGGGCACUUCAUACCCUCUUCCCAUGAUUGGCCCCGGCCUUCUCUGCACAUCUGCCUUGGGUCUUGAUUGGACUCUGGGGCAAAAGCUGCUUCAUGGCCCCUCGGGCCCAGGACCUGGCUCACUCCUACCACCUUGCCUCUCUGAAGGGCCACGGCUUUGCUUCCCUGGCUCCAAGAGCCUAUUUCUUCCCCAGUGCCCUUUUGGCCUUUGUGAGGAAGCAAGGAAUAGGCUUGAAGGUUCAGGGGUCUCUGCCUUCUGCUAAGGUUCCCAAGAUGGGCCUCCGCACCCACUGUUCGCACUUGCCUCCCCUCAGUGGGCCUGAAGUAGCUGUGCAGGCCCCAGAGGGCAGCAGCAUGUCCUCUCUCCCAAGCACCCUCAGCCCAGCCUCUUCCACACAGCAGGGGCUUCUCAGAAGCUGGCUCACAUUCCCUCCACCCUCAGCUAGAAGUAGGAUGUCUCCAAAUCCUGGGCUCCCAGCCCUAAAGCUCACUGCCUCCCCCAAGGGCCCCCUCCAAGGAGGGUGUGGGGGAGCCCUGAGGGCUGCCUCGCUGCCAGUCACAGAGACCCUCCUUUCAUGAGGAAAAGACCUUCCCUUGGAUUCCUAAUGAUGUUUACAGUCUCUGCUGGCCCCUCCAUGUAAAUACCAUGACCACCAGGGCAUUACCAGCCCACCCAGCCAGACGCUGCCAUCUCUCUUUCUGGGAGAUUAGACAAUGUUGCCCUUGGAUUUUUUCUCUCUCUUGAUUUCUCCCUUUGCUUUGGGGGUAAUUGGGUAUCCGGGAGGAAGGGUGUGGGGAGGGCUAGAGGGGUUUAUUACCUGAUCAUUUUCUUUAGGAAGAGGUCUUAAGGAAAAGAGUGUGGGGUGGGGGUGGGGUGGUAAAGGGCGAGAAGGGGGAGUCCAUUUCUGACAGUUCUCUACACUUAUUUAUUGAGUUUUACUUUUAAAGAGUUGGUCUUUUCUGUCUAAAUAAAGAAAAAAAGUUUAAAAGCAUCAAA